CAUUGACAUUUUGGAGGUUACUCUAAGUGUCCCCCUAAAACGAAUUUUAAUCCCUGCAAAAUUUUGUAAACUGGGGCUUCAUUCAAUUCUUUAUUAUUCCUAUUUUGUAUCUCUCAAAAGCGUUUUCAUGAAUUUGGUAAAAUUCAAAGAUCAACAAUUCAAGAAACACCCUCUAAUUCCAGAAAAGCCUUUUUCUGGGUGGGGGUUUGAAUUUCUUGAUAUGAUUAAAAACCAACAAUAGCCCUUCUUCAAUAUUAAAUUUGCAGGCUGAAUCCAAAGCUGCACCAAUUCAAGGAUAUUAAACAAUGGCUCUUGAAGCUGCAACCUUCUCCAUUCCAACCUCAUCAUCAUCAUCAUCUAAUGAGAAAGUUUCUGAGCCUCAAACAACAAGCAAGGGAGCUCCUCAAUGUUCUGUUACCUGUGUAUACCAAGCCAAAUUAGCCGAUAUGUAUUACAUUGUCUCGGUGACAUGGUGCAAAAACCUUACUAGCCAUGCCCUUAGCAUCACAGUAGAAAAUCCUCCCCAAGAAAACCGCUACACUUGCAAAAUUGAUUUAAAAGCUUGGCAGUUCUGGGGCAAGAAAGGUCUCAAAUCUUUUGAAAUAGAUGGAACAAGAGCAGACAUUUUCUGGGAUUUUCGACAGGCGAAAUUCACCAGCGCCACGGAGCCAUGUUCAGAUUAUUAUGUUGCCUUGGUAUCCAAUGAAGAGGUGGUUUUACUGCUGGGAGAUUUAAAGAAAGACGCUUUUAAGAGAGCUAGGUCUAGACCGUCCUUGGAUGAAGCUACCUUGUUGCACAAGAAAGAGAGUGUAUAUGGGAAAAAAAUGUUUUCAACCAGAACCAUGGUUGGUACAGACCAUAAAGAGCAUGAAAUUGUUAUUGAGAACUCACUAUCAGGGCCUGGUGAUCCGGAAAUGAAUAUCAGAGUUGAUGGGGCAGUGGCGGUUCGGAUCAUGAACUUGAAUUGGAGAUUCAGAGGGAAUGAGACUGUGAUGGUGAAUAAUGUACCUCUGCAAAUUUUCUGGGAUGUUCAUGAUUGGUUGUUCAGCGGCCCUGGCUCAGGCCAGGGAUUGUUUAUCUUCAAGCCAGGAAAGCUAGAUGGAGAAUCUAACAAUAGUAACCCAGAUGAAAGAAAUUGCAGUGAUGGAAUAAUUACUGAGUUUUCCCAUUUUCUAUACGCCUGGAAAACUGAAUAACUAAUAGUAGUUGUACAUCAUUGUUCAUAUUAUUGUCAAUAUUACAUUCCAGGUUUCAUCUUAUAAACUAUCCUUCUCCAAAAAGUUUAUGGGACUAGUCAUUAUAAUUUGGUACUAAAUAUUCUUUUAUUAUAGAAUACAAAUUGUCCACUUUCCUUUA